AGGAGAAGUUCUCGAGGCAUGCUGAUAAGUGGACUGAGGUUGAGGAAGGGUUAGCUAAGUAGAGAGCAAGAAGCAUGGUUGCAGGAUAAGAAGUAGCUGAUACGAGGAUGAGGAGUGUUCUUAAAGCUUCGAAAAGUUCUCUCCAACAGAUCAAGUCAACCAAAUACAAUGCCGUGGAUGCGUUGUCAUCUGCUGUUUCCAGAACCGUUACGCUAAAUGCUGCUGCUAACAAGCUGAGGAAAACGGCGGAGGAUCCGCCCAAGCAUGGCAUGGUAGCUCCUGGUAGGGUAUUCACCUUCCAAGAACUGGCGGCCGCGACAGAGAACUUCAAUCCUGAUCUGCUAGUUGGCGAAGGAGGAUUUGGAAGGGUUUACAAGGGCCGCCUCAAGAAAACUAAUCAAGUAGUGGCUGUGAAGCAGCUUGAUCGAAACAAGGAUCAAGACAACACAGAAUUCCUCGCGGAGGUCUUGGCACUGAGCCUCAUUGAACACCCCAACCUCGUGAGCCUGAUUGGAUACUGCGCUGAUGGCCGACAGAGGAUUUUGGUCUACGAGUAUAUGCAAAAUGGAUCCUUAGUAGAUCAUCUUCUUGAUUUACCUCCGGACAAGAAGGCAUUGGAUUGGUUCACUAGGAUCAAGGUAGCUCGGGGCGCAGCUCGGGGGCUGGAGUACUUGCACGAUACAGCAUGCCCGCCUAUCAUAUUCCGGGACUUCAAGGCAUCUAACAUACUAUUAGAUGGGGAAUUCGACCCUAAACUGUCGGGUUUCGGUCCGGAGGAGCGAGAGGAAGUCUCGACAAGGGUGAUGGGGACAUAUGGCUAUUCUGCCCCAGAGUAUGCCCAGACGGGCAAGCUCACGACCAAGUCAGACGUCUAUAGUUUCGGGGUAGUGCUUCUCGAGAUCAUUUCGGGAAGAAGAGCUAUUGAUAGCAAAAAGCCACCCGAGGAGGAGAAUCUAGUUGCUUGGGCGAAACCACUACUAAAGGACCGAAACAAGUUCUCGCUGCUAGUUGAUCCGUUGCUGCAAGGGGAGUUCCCUGUGAAGGGGCUGCAUCAAGCUCUUGCUGUGGUGGUGAUGUGUCUGCAAGAUGAAGCCGACACUCGACCCCUGAUCGAAGAUGUUGUCACAGCCCUCGAGUAUUUGGCUGUAACGACAGAUGAAGAAGUUGCCUAUGUAAAAAAUGUGGACAUGUAAAAUACAUGCAACAAGUAAUUUCGAUUAAAAAGGCGAGGACAAUCAUUUUUGUGUGUGUGA